UGUGUGCACUGUGAUUUCUAAUUUGAAUGGAGGGCUCUGCCCUGGCUUGUGGUUGACAGGGUAGAUUCUCUUGAUGUAGGCCAGGUGCAGUGUGAUUGGAGGGGUGUAGAGGAGGCCCAUUGUUCAGCUCAUGUAGCGGAGUUGCUCAACAAGGUCAAGAAGAAGAGGUUUUUUUAGUCAGAGUAACCACUUCCCCUUGUGGUGUGUUGCUAUGGUAAGACUUCCCUUUGAAACAGGAAAUGACACGGAGUGCUAAGUAAUGGGGCGUGAAGUAAUAUUGCCAUAGGGUAUGCGUGCUUCAGGCGUGACAUCCUCACUCUCGGCUGGAUCGAAGUCACACCGAUGUAGCCAUGUCGAGCAAAAUGAAAACUCUGGCAGUGCCGGCCUGUCAGCUGACGCAGGCGGUUUCUGAUGGGGAGCUGAACAUGUCCAGGUUAUCAGGCACAGGUAGCAGCCCCAGUCUGAAUGGCGGCACCUCUGGAAAUGCAGGUCCUCCUGGAGCGGACGGUCCAGCCAGCAGAGUGGUCAGCUGGGCGGUGUGCUUCGAGCGGCUGCUGGAGGACCCAGUUGGAGUCCGCUACUUUACAGCUUUUCUCAAAUCAGAAGUGAGUGCUGAGAACAUACUCUUUUGGCAGGCCUGUGAGAAGUUCCGGAAGAUUCCACCUACUAAUCUGGAUGAGCUGAAGAAGGAGGCACGCACCAUCUAUGAUCUAUAUCUGUCUGAUACUUCCUUCCAUGCUGUCAAUAUAGACGACACGGCCCGCACUGAAGAGAGCGACCUAGAGAAACCCACACCAGACAUGUUCAGCAAAGCACAGCAACAGAUCUUUAAGCUGAUGAAGUUUGAUAGCUAUGCACGUUUUGUGCGCUCACCGCUCUAUCAGAAUUGCAUGCUGGCCAGUGUGGAGGGACGGCCACUGCCUGACCUCCAGCCCCAGAGCAAGGGUUCUAGAGAGUGCGUCAUGCCUGCUGGUGACCGGAAGAGCAUGGAAGUGAAGAUGCCACUGUCGGAUAGCAAAGCAGGCAAGAAGAAGAAGAUAGAGAAGAGAGGAUCGUGGGGAGCGGAUGUGUCAUACCGGCGGGUGACAGUGUCCAGACAGGAAUCUCAGAUUUCAGUGAAGUCCAGCAGCAGCGUGGAGCUGGGCUCCCUGUCUGGCAGGUCUGAGAAUGGCUGUUCGAGCCCUGUAGGUUUGGAUGCGGACUCGGGCUCCGGUCCUAUGCGAGCGGAUAAAUACUGCUGUGUGUAUCUGCCAGACGGCACAGCGAGUCUGGCUCCGGCACGGCCCGGUCUGCCUCUGCGGGACAUGCUGAGCGGCCUCUGUGAGAAGAGAGGAUUCCCUCUGAAAGACGUCAUCAUCUACCUCCACGGCAAGGACAAGCCUCUCUCUUUGGACCAGGACAGCUCUGUAUUGCGGGACCAGCAGGUCCACCUGGAACUUAGAGUGACAUUUACUUUGGAGAUAGUGUUUGCCGGGAAGGCGUCAGUAAUAGUGGCGAAGUCCAGUAAAACUCUGGGAGAGGCCCUCUCCUCUGUUCUACAGAAGCACAGCCUCCGGCUGCAGGAUGUCGUCGUCACCGUGAGUGGAACAAAAGAACCUUUGAACAUGAAUACCAGCGUCUUCAGUCUGGCCAACAAGACCCUCAGUCUGGCCAACAAGACCCUCAGUCUGGACAGAGCCAAAAGUGCUGGUGAGGUGAAAGGUGCUUCAGUUGUAGAGACUGGCCGAACAAGCCUGAGACCCAAAAGAAUGCAUGACAUGGAUGGUCUGGUAGAGAUGCUGAACCGCGCUCAGUGCAGCAGGGCAGAUGACCAGCGUGGUUUACUGACCAAAGAGCAGCUGGAACUGCCCCAGUUCCUGCAGCUCCCAGGAGAACAAAAGGACGAACAAAGGCCUGAAGAGGGACCAGAAAGCCCUUCCAACCACACACACUCUGCUGGGUCAUCAGAGGAAAGGGGGAAACAAAAAAUUAACGGAGUUAAUAAAGACCCUAGUAAAGAGAAGACUGUAAAAGACUGUGAGAGGGACAGAAUAGGCUCUAACAAUGGGACCUCUCUGUGAGCAUGUGUGGGCAUGCAUUCUUUGUGUGGCACUGAUGCAUUUAUAAAUGAGUGCGUCAUCAAUAUUCGACAUAGUAUACUCAGUGUAUUCCCACACACUGUCCUUCAACAGAGAUCUAUUGGUAAAGACUGUGAACUGCCCACUGAUGCUGAUCUGUUUUUUAAUAGCUCUUUAUCUUGCGCUUUAUGUAUAUGUUUCAUUUUUAUAGAGGUAAGAAAACUACAUAUAGAGAAAGUUUAUUGUUUGAGAGAUUUCUGUCGUGUAUUUAUUUUUCUAUACUGUGGAAUGUUUUACUGUUAUCAAGAAUCAGAUGCUCUUAUAUUUAUUUAGAACAUUUUGCUACACUUACAUGAUUUUCACGUAUUGUUCUUGUAUUAAUUUGUUUCACUUGCAUGAAUUUGUUGUGUUGAAAAGCACGAACUUUGUUGAAAAAUUGCAUUGUGUAAUUUGUGAUUUUUGCUCUCUGCACUUUUGCCUUUGCUGUUCAGGAUCUAAUACAGUUUACAUACUCUC